AUGACGUGUUGGACCGGUUGGAUUGACAAACCUCUGGUUUUGCUGAGGUUUCUGGCUGAGAAUCCGGUUGAUGAAAGGGCCGCUGCCGCCCUGCGCAAUGCAGCCCCAGACGUCCAACUCCAGGCCAUGGAGCGUGGAAGCCUGGCCGACUGCAAGAACCCAUCUGCCGCCCUGAUGGUGCGUAUAAACGGCUCUGCCGGGAAUGUCGCCAACACCGCGGGCCUCUCCACGAAGGAUAUGCAGGGGACGCCCGAGGAGAUCUGGGCAAAGAUCAUGGCCAAGAAUCAGAGCAAAGGAAGUGGCUACGGAGGCUAUGGCGUGGCGCCCGCCGACCCUACAUCACAGAUAGCCGCAGCUGCACAGCUGGCGGCAGCACAGCAACAACAGCAGCUGGCUGUCCAGCUGUACUACCAGCAGCUGGCAGCACAGCAGGUCGCUGCACAGCAGCUUGCUGCAGCACAGCUGGCAGCAGCCGGACUUCCAGCAGAUCCGGCGGCAGGUCAGACAGCGGACGCACUUGCCGCAGCUGCGGCAGCGGAUCCCAGCCUGGCAGCUGCGCUGACAGCCGCAGGUGUCAAUGGCGCGCCAGCUCCGGCUCCCACAGCGCCGGCACCAGCGCUGGGGUCUCCCGACCCCCUGUUGGGUGUCGGCCAGUCCGUGCCAAGCCAGCCGCUGCAGGGUACGUACCCGAAUGGGGUGUCUGAGGUUCAAGGUGGAUCCAUGAAGGCAGCUCCUCCACGACCACUGGAGUCUGCGCAGCCAGGAGUUGUCUCCAAGAUGUCGGGUCCUCCGCCAGCGACUCCUCCCUUUACGGCCCUACCGCCUCCCACACCCCCGCCUCCUCUGCAGCCACCGCCCCCACCGAUGCACACAGGGCACUAUGGCCCUCCAGGCGCUUGUGCACCUCCGCACCCUCCAGCCCCGCCGCCAGCACCGGGACAGCCGGGCUAUGCGAAGUGGCCUCCUGCGCCUCCUGCCAGACAUGGGCCAUACUGA